AUGAUAGAAUAUCAUCCUGGCAAGGCAGAUGUUGUUGCUAAGGCUUUGAGUAGGAAGUCUAUGGCAGAGUUGAAAGCUAUGUUUACACGCUUUAGUUUAGCUAGUGAUGAUGGUUUGUUAGCUGAACAUCAAGUGAGGCUAACUUUGUUACAACAGAUUAAGGAGAAACAAUCACUAGAUGAAGACUUGUUAAAGAGGAUUUCACAGGUUGAGCAAGGUGUUAAAGGAGACUUUGAUAUUGACAGUGAUGGUAUCUUGAAUUUUUUAGGUAGGUUGUGUGUCCCGCAUGAUGGGGUUUUUAGGCACGCGAUUCUUACCAAGGCGCAUAGUAGCCUUUACGCUAUGCAUCCCAUUAGAGGUUUGUUGCAAUCGAUUGUGAUUCCUGAAUGGAAGUGGGAAAGGAUCACUAUGGACUUUGUUUUAUGUUUGGCUUUGACUCCAGCGAAGAAGGAUUUAGUGUGGAAGUUGGCAGAGUUAUAUAUCACUGAAAUUGUUCAUCUUUAUGGAGUUCCAGUUUCUAUUAUAUUUUUUAGAGAUCUGCAUUUUACUUCGAGGUCUUGUAAGAGUUUGCAAGAGGCCUUGAGGUUGACGCUUUGGUUUUGUAAAGAUUAUCAUCCUCAAAUUGAUGGACAGUCGAAGAGGAGUGCUUACAACAAUGGUUUUCAAGCGAGUAUUUGUAUGGCACUGUUUGAGGCAUUGUAUGAAAGGAAGUGUAGAACUCUUUUGUGUUGGACAGAAUUGGAUGAAAAGCAGAAAUCUUAUUCAGAUUUGAAACAUCAAGAUAUUGAGUUUCAAGUUAGCGAUAAGGUCUUCUUGAAGGUUUCACUGUGA